ACCCACUUCACCCUCACCUCUCCCCCAGCAACCCUUCCCUGGGCUGAGAUAGAGAUGUCUGUGCCCUCGGCCCAUGAGUUUCACUGGCAGAGCCUGGCACGGCUGCCCAGCGGGCGUGUCUACCACUCCCUGGCGGAGGUGGGGGGGCAGAUGUAUAUGCUGGGGGGCUGUGAUGCUGCAGGGAGGCCCUCCCCAGCCCUAGAACUCUACUCUCCAGAGGUAGGUUGGAGCACACACACACACACACGAUUAAACACAGAACACAUCAGUUCAAACAUAACAGGACUAAACAACCAUGUAAUUACACUUUAUUGAUUGUUGUUAUCAGGGGGACCGGUGGCUGAGCCUUCCCCCCAUGCUCACCCCUCGGGCGGGUACGGCCGUGGCAGUGCUGGGCAAGCAGAUCCUGGUGGUGGGUGGUGUAGGGGAUGACCAGCGCCCUCUGAAGGUGGUAGAGGUGUACAACACAGAGGAGGGGAGGUGGAGGAAGAGGAGCGCCCUCAGAGAAGCACUGAUGGGGGUGGCCAUCACUGUGAAAGGUGUGUAGGGUGGGGGUUACUCACUGUUCAUAGUCAGUCGCACAUUCUGUACAUUUCCAGAAACAUGGUUUUGGCUCAGUUUUCACCUCCUCCCCUCCCUCCUCUCUCUCUACCCCCCUCUCUCUCCCUGUCUUUGUCUCUCUGUCUGUCUCUCACCUCUCUGUAGAUGGGCGUGCGUUGGCGGUAGGGGGUAUGGGUGCAGACCUGCUCCCCCGUAGUUUGCUGCAGCAGUAUGACAUGAGGAAGGACGUGUGGGCACUACUGCCCCCUAUGCCCACACCGCGGUAUGACGCUACCGCACACCUGCUGGGCAACAAGAUCUACGUGACAGGUAAGGAAAAGGUGUGUGUGCAUGUGUGCGUUUGCCAGUUUGCAUGUGUAAUGGGAAGGGGUAAGGGGGUUACCAUAGUCAGUUGCACAACUGAAUGCAUUAAACCGAAAUGUGUCUUCCGCAUUUAAGCCAACCCCUCUGAAUAAGAGAGGUGCGGGACGCUGCCUUAAUUGACGUCCACAUCAUCAGUGCCCGGAGGGUAUACUAAGUGUGUGUGUUCUCUCUAGGUGGGCGUCAGUGUAAACGCACGUUGAAGGUCUUCGAGGUAUACGACUUAGAGACACGCUCCUGGACUACACUACCCAACAUGCCGUGCAAACGUUCGUACGGGGGCAUGUUCUGGGACAGUUCGGGGAGGCUGUGUCUGCUGGGGGGGCUGAGGAAGGGAGGAGGCCACCAGAGCUCCAAAUUCACCAAGAACGUCAACAUCUUUGAUACUAACCAGGGUAAGAACCACCAAGAACACACACACACAAACACACAU